AAACAGUUAACGGACAUGUGGAAAACAACUAGCUCGUCCCUCCGGUGUGCUCUGCCCCUCACGGUGUGGGAUUUCUCUGCAUGUGCAUGAGCUGCGUCUCCUCCGUCAGUCACGAUGGCUGAAAGAGGUCUGAGUAAAAAUGUCCAGUCCGUCGCCCUGCAGCCCAAGAAACGCCCCUCCUCCAGCAGUAAGGCUCAAAAGUCCAAGAGGGCUGAAGAACGACCACAAGCAAAAUCUGCCUCAAGUCCUACAAAGAAGCACAUCGACGACCUUUUUGCUAAAGAAGAACAAUAUAAAUUCCUAAAUGCUGAGCUGGAAGCCAAAACAGCAGAUAUAGUGAGACAAGCAGAACAACUAAUGAGAGAACAGAAUGAAGUUUUGUCAAGACCCCUCUCCACCCUGCUGCUCACAGAUAUUGAGGAUGAAGAGGCUUCCAGGAUGAUAAAGCCUCAGCAGUGCACUGUGCAGGAGCCUCGUGUGAAGGUGGUGACUAAAAAGAGGGUCACAUCAGCAUCACAAAACACUGGAAAAAAAGGAAAAGAGCCUCCCUGCAAAACUGCAACUACGAAGGUGCCACUUGUAGAUGAUUUAACAGCCAUAGAAGACGCUGAUGACUCUUUCCUGGCCAAGACGAUUCGUAGCAUGGAGAAGAUGAGCGACCCCGUCCUUCAUGAAAAUGAUGAGGCUGAUGUGCCGAAUGCUGGAGACACCAUAGGAUCAGGCAUUUCAGAAGCUCAAAUACGAGUUCUGAAGGCAAAACUGCGGAUUAUGCAAGAGGAGCUGGAUCAACUGUCAUGUGAAUAUUAUAAGAAGGAUGAUGAAAACACCAAGCUUAGCACAAAAUGUAAGGAGCUUGAGGAGGAUCGAGCCAGGCUGCAGAGGACAACAAGCAUUCAGCAAACACAGAUCGAGAAGCAACGAGCAUUAGCAGAGGAGUCUGCCAAAAAGUGUGAUGGCCUUCAGGUGCAAGUGUCUGCAUUACACAAGGAAAUAGAAAAUCUGAAUAGAUCCAACAAACAAGUGGCAGCCGUCCACAGCACUGCGGAGGUUCGUCUGACUAGAGCUCAGGAGGAAGUGGAGAGGUUAAAGACUCAACUGAACAAAAUGAAACUGAUGAACAAGGACAAGUUAACCGAGGAACAUCAGAGUAAAGAAAAUUUACUUGCUGAAAACAAAAUACUAAAAAAACAAAAGGCAGAACUCAUCGUGGGUUUCAAGAAACAGCUCAAGCUCAUCGACAUUCUCAAAAGACAAAAGAUGCAUUUUGAAGCUGCCAAGCUGCUGUCGUUUACAGAAGAUGAGUUCAUGAAAGCUCUGGACUGGGGGAAGUCGUAAACAGUGAGAUUCAACUUUUAAAAGUUGGAUACUUGUGCUUCA